AUGUACAAACAGGUCAAUGUUACCAGUUUCAGUGGGACACCAAUUCCAGGCAAAGCAGUCUAUAUCUUGGGACGUUGGAGCUGGCCACCAAUACAGCUCAAGAGUCUUAAAACGGACCGUAAUGGACGGGCAUCCUUCUCCAUCAAUACUAGUACUUUUCCAAAAAGUGACGCUCCACUGAUGGUGAGUGUUACUCCAGAUGCUAUUUUUGGCUACAAAAAGGCAUACUUCACUUCAGCUGAGAAAAAUGUCCAGAUUUUUCAAAAAUCUGCUCCCACUACCCCAACAAUAAGUACACUUACUAUAGUGAAGCCAGAGCAACCAUUGAAGUGUGGUGUGGCGUUUCCAGUAACCAUCAAAUAUUCAUUUGUUGGAGAGACUUUCAACAGUGUCUGCAGCACAGACAUCGUCUACAUGGUCUUGUCCAAAGGAGUGAUUGUUCAACAUGGAUACCAAAAGGUUGAAGUGACCGCUUCUAAUGCAGUAUUGAGUGGCACGAUGUCUUUCAUGCUCUCCGUUGCACCAAAUCUGGCUCCAGUAGUGCAGAUUCUGGCAUAUUGUGUUCUACCUAGUGCAAGUGUAGUUGCUGUUGGCACAGAUUUUGACACCGAAAAGUGUUUAAGAACCCAGGUGUCUGUGCAGUUCUCUCCUGAUAAAGCAGUUCCAGGAGAGAACAACACCAUACAGCUAUCAGCUCAACCUGGUUCAGUUUGUGGCCUUGGCUCUGUAGAUCAGAGCGUGUUGAUUUUGGAGCCAGGGAGACGUUUAAAUGCUGAAGCGAUUUUCAAUUUGCUGCCAGUGCGGACACUCUCCGGUUAUCCUUAUGAUAUAGAUGAUGACCCAGGAUGUCAGUCUUUUGGACCUCUAAAACCUGUUCGUUCUCCUGCACGCCGAAGCAUUUUGCCUAGGCCAGUACCCCAGGGAAAUACCGAGGCCUAUUACAUCUUUAAGAACAUGGGGCUGAAGAUUGUGACAAAUUUGGCUGCACUAAAACCACAGUGCAACUUUUGGGAUGUGGGGUUUCUUCCUGGAGUCAUGGCAAUGGCUCCUGUUACUGCUGCUGAACCACCAAGACCGAGUACAAGCUCUGACGUUAAGUCCCUUUCUGACGUGACCGUUCGGACCGCCUUCCCAGAGACGUGGAUAUGGCAACUUGCAGAAGUGGGGGCCUCUGGAACUGCUCUGGUUACUGUCAAGGUUCCUGAUACCAUCACCACUUGGGAGAUGGAGACCUUCUGUCUGUCCCCCAAAGGUCUGGGUCUGGCUCCCCCUGCUCGGCUCACUGUUUUCCAGCCCUUUUUUGUGGAGCUCUCUCUGCCUUACUCCAUUAUCCGUGGUGAGAGCUUUGAGCUGAAGGCCACUGUCUUCAACUAUCUGUCCAAGUGCAUCAUGGUCACCGCAACUCCAGCGGCUUCAUCGAACUACACUCUUGAAGCCAACUCUCCUCCAUAUUCCUUCUGUCUCUGUGCCAAUGGGCGGAAGACCUUUAAAUGGACCCUUAUUCCCCUUGUUCUUGGCAUUCUGAAUGUGACCAUUAGUGCACAGGCCAUGCAGUCAAAGACUAUGUGUGGCAAUGAGAUUGUGACCGUGCCACAGAGAGGAAGCAUUGAUGUAGUCACUCGACGUCUACUUGUUCAGGCUGAAGGUGUUGAAAGGACAAAUGCCUACAGUUGGUUGCUGUGUCCACAGGGAAGCCGUGUUCUGGAACAGGUGACGCUGACUGUACCUGCAAAUGUUAUAAGUGGAUCCACCAGAUGUUCUGUUUCUGUUGUUGGGGACAUAUUGGGCCGUGCAUUAAAGAAUCUUGAUGGGCUGGUAAACAUGCCAUUUGGUUGUGGAGAGCAGAAUGCUGCUAUAUUUUGUCCCAUUAUUUACGUUCUUGACUACCUGAUGUACACUAAGCAGCUUACCUCUUUCAUCAGAGAAAAAGCCCUUGACUUCCUAAGGAUUGGAUACCAGAGAGAACUGAACUACAGACAUCAUGAUGGUUCAUACAGUGCGUUCCGUACUGGUGAUGGGAAUACAUGGUUGACUUCAUUUGUCCUGAGGUGUUUUGGCAAAGCGAAGACAUACAUAUAUGUUGAUCCAAAUGUUAUCCUUAGUGCAAGGAACUGGUUGGUUGAUAGGCAGGGUCCUGAUGGCUGUUUUGCGCAAGAGGGAAUUCUUUACCACCAUGAAAUGAAGGGUGGUGUAGAUGAUAAUGUGACCAUGACUGCCUACAUUAUGAUAACUUUGCUUGAACUGCAAACUCCAGUCUCUGAUUCAGUAGUUGUCAGGGGUUUGUUCUGCUUGAGGCCGGUCAUUGGGAAUAUAAUAAACCCUUACACCACUGCUCUCCUUGCCUAUACGUUCAGCCUUGCUGGAGAGACAAACGCUCGACAGACACUGUUAACUAAGUUGGACAAUAUUGCAAUCACAACUGGAGGUCUUCACUGGUCUCCGACUCAGUCUGGUACUGAAACCACUGGUUCUUUAGCAGUGGAGAUCAGCUCGUAUGUUUUGUUAGCCGUUCUUACUGCAAAUCCACUCCGUCCAGCUGACCUUGGCUAUGCUAACCGGAUUAUCCGCUGGCUUGUGCAGCAGCAGAAUCCCUAUGGAGGAUUCUCCUCCACACAGGACACCGUGGUGGCUCUUCAGGCUCUAUCAUUGUAUGCCAGGGUGUUCCGCUCGACUGGAUCCAGCACCGUGACCAUAUCAUCUGUGGGAGAAACCUACCAAUUUGUUGUGAAUGAGACCAACCAGCUGCUGUAUCAGGAGAAGUCUCUGAAGAAAGUUUUGGGCAAGUGUAGUAUUGACGUGAAGGGCUCCGCUUGUGCGUCUGUGCAGAUCGCCUUAUUUUACAACAUUCCAGCACCUGUUCAGACCACCAAAUUGAGUGUUGAAGCAAAGGUCACAGGAGACUGCUUCUCAUCACUUGGACAAAAACUAAUGCUGAACUUCACUGUCAAAUACAAUGGGACACAAUCAAAUACUAACAUGGUAAUCAUGGAUAUUAAACUCCUAUCAGGGUUCACCGCAGACACCUCAACGGUAGGUUUGACUUUUACUCCACCAAAUUCAUUUGUACCAAUUGUGGAGCAUGUGGAUCAUGAUGGGGAUCAUGUGAUAGUGUACUUGAAAGCGGUUCCAAAAGAUAUUCCUUUGACUUUCAGGCUACAACUGACAAGAGCUUUCCAAGUGAAGAAUAUCAAGCCAGCUGUUAUCAAAGUCUAUGACUACUAUGACCCAAGUGACCAGUCUGAGACUACAUAUGCCUCCCCCUGUGUGUGA